AAGAUCACCCUUUCUAGGGAGAUCAAUUUUUGGCAGGCGGUACAAGGAAAAUAUAGGGUCACUGAGACAGUUCUGGAGGAAGCCAGAAUGCAGGGGAGCCGAGGGAAAUGAAGGAAACUAAUUCAACAAAAGCACAGUAACAUUUCCAGGAAGGGCGGGAGAGGAAGAAAUCAAAAGUGAAACUUCUGUGAAGUGAUAUAGUGCAAAAAGGGGUGGACCUUCAAAGUGCUGAUUGAGAGGAGAAGCCAUUAUUUGUUUGUCACAGUGCAUAUCUCAGCAUUGUGGCUCUUUCAGACUGCAACUGAAGUCUUGGUUCAGCCUUCGGAUGAUGACACAAUUCCUGCCAGUGAAACAAGGUUUUCUGAUCUGUUACUAGAGUGAGCCUUUUGGAAGGAAUUUGUACACCUCAUUCUGUCAAAGGAUCCAAACCCUGAUGUGAAAUGAGUAGAGACUUCUUCAAGCUGCUUUUUGAAAUUUCUGAGGCUUUGGUCACAGAGGAAGUGGCAGCUCUUAAAUUCCUCAGCCUGGAGCAUGUCCCCAGGAGGAAGCUGGAAGCCAUCCAGGAGCCCAAGGCCUUCUUUGAAGUGCUGCGGGAGAAAGACAUGAUUGGGGUGGGGAACCUGUCCUUCCUGAAGGAGCUGCUCUACCAGAUCAGUCGGAUCGACCUCCUGACUGCCUACCUGGGCUCCAGCCGUGAGGAGAUGGAGAGGGACCUGCAGGUCCCAGGCAGGGCACAGGUGUCAGCUUACAGGCAACUGCUGUAUAGAAUUGCAGAGGACUUGACUCCAGAAGACAUUGCAAGUGUGAAGUUCCUGCUCCAAAAACUAUUACCAAAGAACAAGCUCCAGGAAAACGCUUCAAUGUUGCAGGUCUUUCUGGAAAUGGAAAUAAAUGGGAUAAUUAAAGAAGAUAAUCUGACAAUUCUGAAAGAUCUAUUCCAGAGCGUUAGAGCUGACAUAAAGAAAAAAAUCGAUGCUUAUGAAGAAAAAAGAAAAGAAAAUUAUUCUAGGGAAGAAGUUCGCUAUCCCAUGUCUGUGUCUGGGCAUCCAGAGGAACAAGGAGCAGAGAGGGAGGCAGCAAAACAGCAUGGGAAAAUUUAUACGAUGAAAAAUAACCCCCAUGGUUACUGUUUAAUUCUUAACAACCACAUUUUUAAAAAUCCACGUGACAAUAGAGAGGGAACAUUGCAAGAUGGAGAGGCUGUGAAGAGGGUCUUUAAGUGGCUUCAGUUUAAGACAGUUGAGUACAUGAAUCUAGAAGGAAAAAAAAUAUAUGAGACAGUUAAAGAAUACAGCAAAAAAGAUCACAGAAAUAUGGACUGUUUUGUUUGCUUCAUUUUCUCCCAUGGUGAAAGAGGCAAAAUAAAAGGUGUUGAUGAUGAGUGCGUAAAUAUCGAAGAUUUAGUCUCCUGCUUCACUGGAACUAAUUGUCCUUCUCUUGCUGGCAAACCCAAGGUGUUUAUCAUCCAGGCUUGCCAAGGCUCUGUGUGUCACCCACCUGUUACAAUAGAACCAGACUCUUCUGGACAUCUUGAGGUGGAUGCUAGUCCUUUGACUUCCAUUCCUGAUAAGGCUGACAUUCUGAUUGGCAUGGCUACAGUGGAGGACUACUUGUCCUUCCGCAGUCAUAAGACUGGCAGUGUUUACAUUCAAUCCCUCUGUGAGAAGAUGGAGUUGCUUUGCCCACAGCGCGUGGAUCUCACAGCCAUCCUAACAGAAGUGAACAAUGAAGUGGCAAGAAGAGAAUUAGAAGGAUCUAAGCAGAUGCCAAAGAUAACAUCAACACUACUGAAGCAACUGAUCUUUGAAGUUCCACAAUGAAAAAUAGAUAAGUAAGAAUACACUAGAUUAGGAAUGACAUCUGGAGUGGGCUUUGAUAGGGAAGAGAAUUUACAUGAGAAUUUAUCUGGAUCUAUGUAGUAGCCCCAGCCUUUUAAGGAAGCAUAGGACCUAAAUUUUAAAACUUCCAUAUUGAAUUGGUUUUCUGACACCUGGAUCUGUAGUGGUCUGUUAAGGCUGUGGAAGACUACAGAGCUUUGGGGUUUUUGUCCUGCAGAAGCAGUGGAGUAUGUUCAGUCUGGGUUUCAAGUGCAAAAGGACUUUCAAGUAGAAUUGAAAUUGUUACUGGAAAUGUCAGUGGAGUCUCAUUUGUGUCUGAGUUGUUUCAAGUCCCUAAAAUCUGAAAAAAACCCCAGAAUGCCGGAUGCAUUCCCAGGUACCAUGUGUAAGGUAACUGCCUUACACAGUUGAAUUGUUGUCUGUCUUUGGAAGCUAAAAUUGUUCAUGGAAAAUAUUGUCCUGCUUCAGAAGGACCAAACCCCCAUGAUUAUGUUAAUUUGGUUCUUCUAAAUAUUUGGUUUGAUUUAUGUCAAUCGUUUACUUGAAUAAGCAGCUCAAAUGUAUAAGUUUUUCAAUUAUAAAGGUUCUCAUUUCAUUAUUUCUCAGAGCUCUCAGGGCACAGUGUGUCUUGAAUGACUGCAGAAUACUGGAAGGAAGCUCUGUAAUCUUGUUUCUGUUAUAAUAAAUUCUCUUGGUUUUUGUAUCA